AGACAUUGAUGACGCCCUGGUGAUCUUCCAGUUGUACGAGAAGAUUAAGGUCCCGGUGGACUGGGACCGGGUCAACAAACCACCCUACCCCAAACUGGGCAGCAACAUGAAGAAGCUGGAGAACUGUAACUACGCAGUGAAGCUGGGGAAGGAGGAGGCCAAGUUCUCUCUGGUGGGCAUCGCCGGGCAGGACCUGAACGCCGGGAAUCGAACCCUCACCCUGGCCCUGCUGUGGCAGCUCAUGAGGAGGUACACGCUGAACAUCCUGGAGGACCUGGGCGACGGGCAGAAGGUGACCGACGACACCAUCGUGUCCUGGGUCAACGGCACGCUCACACACGCCGAGAAACCCAAAAUCUCCAGCUUCAAGGACUGGUCCAUCAGCAGCAGCAUGCCGGUCCUGGACCUGAUCGACGCCAUCCAGCCCGGAUCCAUCCGCUACGACCUGCUGAAGACCGAAGACCUGACGGAGGACGAGAAACUCAACAACGCAAAGUACGCCAUCUCCAUGGCGAGGAAGAUCGGCGCCCGGGUGUACGCGCUGCCGGAGGACCUGGUGGAGGUCAAACCCAAGAUGGUGAUGACGGUGUUCGCCUGCCUCAUGGCGCGCGGCAUGAAGAGAGCCUGAAUACCGGAGACA